UGUAUCGAUCCACCCGGUAGUCGACAGCCCCAUACGUCAUGAGGUCGCUGCCACCGUCUGAAAACAUACCACCUCCGUCUCUGCUCCAAGGUUUGGAUGGUGGCCCUUAGCUCUAUGGAGUCCAAACUAGUGACGGAGUGAUGGUCUAAGGACUGACAGUCACGGAGGUGCUGCUGAGUGGAAUGUUGCGCUGGUCGGUGCACCUGGAAGGAGGGCCACGGAGAGUCAACCAUGCUGCUGUGGCCGUGGGUCACAAGGUGUACACCUUCGGGGGCUACUGCUCUGGGGAAGACUAUGAGACACUGCGUCAGAUUGACGUGCAUGUUUUCAACACAGUGUCUCUACGCUGGAUGAAAUUGCCCCCAGUGAGGCCUGUGGGACAUGAGCGUGCUCGUGAAGUGCCCUACAUGCGCUAUGGUCACACAGCAGUGCUCCUGGAUGACACCAUAUACCUGUGGGGGGGACGUAACGACACAGAGGGGGCCUGCAAUGUGCUGUAUGCUUUUGAUGUCAAUAGCCACAAAUGGUUCACACCCAAAGUUUCCGGGACAGUUCCAGGGGCAAGAGAUGGCCACUCUGCCUGUGUGAUGUUGAAAGCGAUGUAUAUAUUUGGAGGAUAUGAGCAGCUGGCUGACUGCUUCUCCAAUGACAUCCACAAACUGGACACCACCACCAUGAUAUGGUCUUUUAUUAAUGCCAGAGGUAUUCCAGCAAGCUGGCGUGACUUCCACUCAGCAACCAUUAUAGGCACAAAGAUGUUCGUAUUUGGAGGGCGAGGAGACCGUUUUGGUCCGUUCCACUCCAAUAAUGAAAUCUACUGCAAUAUGAUAGAAGUGUUUGACACACAGACCAACUGCUGGCUGAGCACUCCCUCAACACAACCAUUGCCUGAGGGACGGAGGAGUCAUUCAGCCUUUUCCUACAAGGGAGAGCUGUACAUAUUUGGAGGAUACAAUGCUCAUUUGGACCAGCACUUCAACGAUCUCUGGAAAUUCAAUCCAGAAGCCUUUUCUUGGAAGAAAGUGGAACCCAACGGGAAAGGCCCAUGUCCUCGAAGAAGACAAUGCUGCUGCAUGGUUGGAGAUCGAAUCAUCCUCUUUGGAGGAACCAGGCGGCGACCAACUACCCAGGGUGAGCCACACCCGACUAUUUGCUUACUCGUCAGUGAAGCAGCCCGUCACGGUAAUCUUGACACAAUGACUCCCUGUCCUGAGCAAGGAAUGGGUGAUGAAUUUAACCUCAUGGAUCAUUCAGACCUUUACAUCUUAGAUUUCAGUCCAAAUUUGAAGACAUUAUGCAAAAUAGCUGUAAUUCAAUACAGUCUGGAGCAGUCGGGCCUUCCACAUGAUAUCAGGUGGGAACUGUCUGCCAUGACCACCAACAGCAACAUCAGCAGGCCCAUUUUCUCCUCACAUGGCUGAUGUGGCUGGAUAUCAAAAAGGAGCAGAAUUUAUAUCUCUGAUCCAUUGCUGAUGGCGGGACUGCUUUUGCCACAGAUGGAUCUAUGGUGGAUUUAGUCUAUUUAUCAAAAUGUCCUGCAUAGGACUUAUUUUUGGACUGGAUGGGCUUUCUCGCAUUCAGGAGGUCUCACAGGAGGAAAAAAUGGCUGACACCUGAUCACCUUUUAUCUUCUUUUUUUGUCUUCAGAGAUCCAAUCAGCCUAUGAUAAUCACAGACUUUGAAUCCUAAGCACAGGAAGGACUGAAGGAGAAGAAAAACGAGAGGGAAAUUACCAUGAGAGCUAUCGCUGGGAGACAAAUCGUAACACAAAAUCUACAUCAAGAGACUUAAAGGGACAUGACUAUGUACAAUUACAUAGAUUUCAUGUCAAUUUGCAGCUAAUGGGUCAAUAGACUAACUUUUUUUGGUGUUCAGGGAGAUUGUUUAAUUGGGUACUGUGCUGGUGAACUUGUUUGAUCAUCUUUCAAUGCUUUGCUACACUUCAUCUCCACAUGGCAACCCCACUGCCUGACUUUUGGUGAUUCAACACUCAUUUACAAGCAGCCCAGUCUUGUGUUUUUUUUCAACCCAUCUACCUCUCCCAAUAGCAUGCCGCACUUGUCAAUAUAUUCCCAGAACAAAGGAAUUAUCAUUGCGGUCACACACCUGCCAUAACUUUUCCCCUACCAAAUAUACAAAUGAGUCAUGCAAAUGUCAAGCAUAUGUUUACACACAAUCCCAGCUCUGCAAGUUUCGUGCUACCUGUUUUGGAGAGUGGCACCACUAACAUGCGUCACAUGGCUCUUUUUCUUUGAAGUUUGUUCUAUACUGUGCAAUUGUGUCCAUCACAAGAGUUACGGGAGAAAAAUAGGCCAAAUACAGUGAUAAUGCAAGCGCAA